GUGUAGCCUAGCAGACUAAACUUAUAACUUCUCUAAUAGCGAUUUAGUUCAUAGGCAAAGAAGAUCUAUUUCUGCAUUUAAACAAACUCAUUUAAAAAGCCAAGAAAUUUUUUCACUUCACUACUCAUUACCAAUUACAAACCUAAUAUCACUACUAUGACAAGUGAUAAAACAGUCGAACAAGUGAUCACUGAACCUGCUAAAUGUACUUACACAAGCUGUUACUGUGAGGAAAAUAUUUGGAAACUGUGUGCUCUCAUACAAGAAGAAUGCCAUGAGUCUGAACUUUCAAAGUGCUACUCUGUAUUUAUCUCAAACAAAUCUAAAAAGAUUCCACUGUGGCAUCAAAAAGCUAGCAAAGCAGAAGACAGGCUGAUCGUAUGGGACUACCAUGUGAUUAUGUUAUACGUUGAUGCUGGACGUACGUUGGUGUAUGAUCUAGACACUGAGCUGGGUUUCCCAUGCACUCUCAAGGACUACAACUCUGCAUGUCUUGGGGAUGAAAGAAACUUUGAUGAUAAAUUCAAAAGAAUGUUUAGAGUUAUCCCUGCUCCUGAGUUCCUAACAACAUUUGCCUCAGACCGAUCUCAUAUGCUCAAUGAUAGAAAGGAGUGGUUGUCACCUCCACCUAACUAUCCACAAAUCACUUGUCCAGGCUCGUCCAACAACAUUGAUGAAUUUAUCUCUAUGGACAUCUCAAGCAAACAUGGAGAAGUGUAUCAUCUGCAUGAAUUUUUAAACAAGUUUCUUUAGUUUUUCAUCUGAUUGUAUUUUAAACAGUAGCUUGCUGAGUUUUCUUUAAAUUAGAUCAUAAAAUAAAUCUGUGAAAAUCAACAAAAUCUUUUAGUUUUAUAUUUUUUUAUAUUUAAGCAGUUUACUCAGGUGAAAGUAUGUUUUAUUUUCCUUGUACCCAGCUUUGAAAAUUAAAAAAACCACCAUUAUCAUCACAUCAUUCCAUUUUUAAUAUUAUAAAUACUGCAUUAAUUUAGCAUUUAAGUUCAUAUUUUGUGCAGACAUAUGCUGCUAGUUUUUAUUUUUUACUUCGUCUUUGGUUAGAAUGAAAGAAACAAUAAUAUGAAAAAAAUAAAACAUGGCUCCUCUUGCCACAACUUGGCGAGAUCCUUGCCAGGGCCCAUACCUGGACAUUAGAUUAUGACAACCAGUGACCUACUCAUUGUGAUCCCUUUCUUGACCUGUGCAGGUAUUGGCCAAAGGAGUGCUUGGCAUUGAGUUUGGUACCAGUUUUAGUUUCAGCAACUACCAAAAGGAAACAAUCCAAUCAGCAGGGUUUUUUUUUAUUUUGGAGUUGUCUCUCUUAGGUUAUUAUUCCCCAAGCCUCAUCUACCACCCAUUAUGCAAUCCCCUAGUUCUAAUACCAGCUAUAGUAAACAACUCUCAUGGUUCUUAAAUGUUGGUUAAAAAUGGUUAUUAUAUUUAAAUUGAAGUUGGCAACAUUUUACACAAAAGUAUACCUUAACAUGUUAUUGAAAUAAAACAUAAUGU